AUGGCAUCAACAGCCGUCACCAGCACAGCGGGUUACAUCCUCGGCAUUGGCGACCGCCAUCUAGACAACAUUUUGUGGGACCUCUCCUCGCCCUACCUCGCCGGUUCAGUGGUGCACAUAGAUUUCACGGUGGCGUUUGACAGAGGAAGACUCCUCAAGGUGCCGGAGCUCGUGCCCUUCCGCCUCACCACCACGCUCAGAGGCGCCAUGGGGCUGCCCGGCGCUCUCUCCCCAUCCGGGCCGUUUGCCGGUGCGGCUGUCGCCGCGUUUGAGGCCAUGCGGGGCGGGCUGAUGGGUGGAGGAGAGUGGGGCGGGAUUGGAGGCGAGUGGAAAGGGAUUGCUGCUGGUGGUGGUGGUGGUGGUGGUGGCAGAAACAAGGCGUGGAAGAGGAGAGCAUGUGGGGGUGGUAUCUGGGACGGGGCGCUACUGCCGUGGGAGGCGGAGGUGGUGACAGGCGCUGCUGCACUGGGCGAGCACAGGGGGGGGUCUAUCUGGGGAGGGUGGUCUCAGAAUAGAGUUGGCAGUGCUACGCAUCCAGUCAAGGGAGUCAAGGGAGUCAAGGAGGGUGCUUUGGAGGCCAUGCUUGGCGCUGCCAUGACACUACAUGCCUUGACCCACUCCUCCUCCUCCCCCUCCACCAGUCCCUACCUCCUGACAUUGGCUCUCAGCCUAUCUGAUGCCGCCAAGUCAGCUGCUGCUUCUGUUCAGCAUUCCUUUGCGUGCUCUCACAUCUCGGCUCACUUCAUGUACUAUGCAUUUUCGUUUAACUUGUCCAACCCCAUUGUGCCACAUCAGCACCUUAUCGAGACGUCCGAAUCCAAGAACCAGGCUCACUCCGACCUUGUGGCGGCACAGGAAGGCUCCAAGAAGCUUCUUACCGAAGAGGAAGCUUCCAGGCAAGCGCUGCGAGCAGCCAUGGAGGCCCUCUCUCGCGUCGGCGAUCAGCAUCGGGGGAAGGCUCGGCGUGCCGAAGCUAAGGCCGCAGCAGCCAUUGAUGCCGUGGGUGAGGCUCGGCGGUGGCUGGACGACAAGCGGGCGGCACUUGCUGAGCUGGCGCCGUCAUUGCCUCCAGCUGUCGCUGUCUCUGGUGUUUCCACGCCUAGUCAGAUUGGUGGGAGUGGGAGUGGGAGUGGGAGCGUUCGUUCUGCUGGAUGGUUGAUGGGAGAAGAUGUGAAGCGAGGGGAGAGCGGGGGAGGUGACAACCAGGGAAGGCUGUACGCGUUGGUGACGGCUGUUGGCCUGGCAGCAGCAGCAACAGCUGCUGGUGCUCCAGGCGCUGCUGGUGGUGCUGCUGCUGCUGACAGUGAUGCUUCCAAAAGAGAGGACUGGCAGACAGAGGGAGCAAGUGUUGGGCCAGGAAUGGAAGGACUGGACAGCGAGCCGGCAGCGGGAUCAGGCGAGGCGGCAGUGAAUACAGAGGGAGCGCAGGUGGGAGCACAGAAGGAGGGAGAGGAAGAAGGGGUGCUGCGAGAGGAAGUGGCACGAGUGGAGGGCAGGAUUUUGUUCGGCUCUGCACUGGCGUCUCUGCUGACUCAGCUGACGGCUGACGGUGUGAGUGUGGCGCAGGGCAGUGGGCGUGCUGAGCUGGCGGAGGAGUGUGCUGGCGAGCAGCACGUGGCACUGCCAGAGUGCCAGCAGCUGCCUUCCCUGCACGUGGCGUCCCAGCAGCAGCAGGAGCCAACGCAGCAAGAAUCAAUGCUUCCUUGUCCCGCUGCCCUUACUGCCGCUCCCUCCCUGCCAUUCUCCCCACCCUCCUUGUCACCCCGCCCUCUAUCAAUCCCCUCUCCUUCGUCCCCUGUGCCCUCGCAUCCCACCACCCCUCCUGCCCGCUUGCCUGCACGCCCGUCACUCUCUCAAGACACUGCUCCUGAUGCUGACUCGAUGGCUCUCUCCCAUGCAUUUGAGUCGACUCAAAAGCAGUCCCAUGCAGCUGCUGCAAGCAGUGAUGGAAUCAGUGCAGUUGCGCCUCCUGACAGCACUGCCAACACUGCCAGCACUGCCAGCACUGCUUCAGGCACAAUUGGCAUGGAAUCCGCAUCAUUUUGUCUUAGCCACCCAGCAGCGCCGUGCACUCGCGCUGCUGCUGGCAGCGGUGCGAGCAAUGCAGCUGCCGCUGCUGCCACCAUUAGCCGGUCAGCAGGCACAGGUGGUGGUGCUGCAGAGUCCUCAACCACUCCUGAGGGAUCGGAGCACCUCGUCCCCCCUCUCAUACCUCUCCCUGCUUUCAGAGAAUCCUUGCAAGCAGCGCUUGAUGCACUUCACGCUGCUCGCUCCCUCUCUACCCGCCACCUCCCACAUCUGUUGCCGAGCCUCGUUCCAAGCCUCAUUCCGAGCCUGCUUCCGAGCCGAGAUCCAGGCAUGUCGGGUGACGCUUCGUCACUAGGCAAGCAGGCGGUUUCGUCACCUUCUGUGGCGCAGUUCCUGGAAGCUUCUGACAGGAUUGAGCGCCUGGUGCAGGGAGGGGGGAAGCUGGCCGCAAGUGACAGUAGAGGUGAUGAUAGUAGAGGGGGGGAGGAAAGCAGCAGUGGUGCUGUUGGCGGUGAUAGUAGAGGGGGGGAGGGAAGCAGCGUUGGCAGUGCGGGUGGUGACAUGGCAGGCGAUGACUCAUGGCUGCUGGCCCACUCUGCCUUCCUCUCUCUCCUUCCACCCUCUGCUGUCUCUGCUGCUCUUGCUGCCCCACCCAUUUCCACUGCUGUAGCUGACUCUAAGGAUGUAGCAGAGACAGUUUUGCCCUCCUCUCUUCUCCGUUUACCACCAUCGGUUUGUCUGUUUGUGGUGCGGGUGCAACUGGUGGCGGCAGUGCUGCGAGCGUGUCUAGCUGAUGGGGGAGCAGCAAACGCAGGGCGUGCUGAGGAGGGGAGGCAGGAAAUUGGUGAGAAAAGUAUCGCUGGCACAGAGGCAGAAGGGAGGGGUGAGGACUUGGAGGGGCAGGAGGGAAGCCAAAGUAGGGAAGCAGAUCUUUCGAGGAAGAUCCACGUGGCGAUCCGUGGUUGGCUGAGGGCAUACACUGCAGGGUGUCUAGGGCCGCUAGUGGAGGGCCUAGUGUGUCAGUUCGUGCACCCAGCCAAUCUGGCUGCUGUGCUCCAUGCUCAUUCUGCCACCAACAUUGGUGCCAGUGGCUCCGAGAACGCUGCUUCUGCCGCUUCUGUGGGUAGUUCUGCUUGUGCUGCUGCUGCUGCUGCUGCUGGUGUUGCUGCUGCUGGUGCUGUGGUGGGUGUUGACAGACAAGUGCUGCAGCUCUCGUCCCUCAUUGGCCAUUUCUGCCAGGCUGAGGUCAGCAAGCGUGCUGCUGACGCCAGCAAGCAGCACACAGCUGACGAGACUCCUCCUGGGCCAUCCCCGCGCAUGCACGCUGCACACGUGGCAGCCCUUGCUGCUGCACGUGCUGAGCUGGCAGGCUUUGAUUGGCUGCACGAGCCUCAGCUGCCAGCUGGCUGUGUGACACCUGUCCCUGUUGUUGCCACCCUGGGGGUAAGCUCUAGCAACCUUGAUGCUGCUGCUGGUGUUGUUGCUGUUCACCAAGCCUCACCUGUCCCCGCUGGUGCUGAUGUUUCUGGUGCUGCUGGCGGGCGGCCGGCUGCAGCAGUAUAUGGGCCGCUGCUGAUGGACGUGGACAGGGCAGUUGCUGACGUGGCAGCCUCGUCAGUCCAUCUGCAGGCGGCACAGCAGGCAGAGAGGGCGGCUCGAGCGGCUCAGGUGGAAACAACAGAGGCGCGGCAAGCGGCUCAGAAGCUGGUCGACAGGCUGUCAGACACUCUGCAGCAGCAGUCAGCCAAUCACAGUGCGGCCCUGUCCCAAGCGCACCAAGCAGCAGCUGGCCUCUCAUUGGCUGCUGCCAGCCUCGCCCCCUUCCUCUCCCACUCCAUCGUGCCACUCAUUCGCCAGGUAUCGGACGCGGCAUCUGCAGUGCAGGGCUCAACCAUUGCUGCUAUAGUAACGCCGGAUAUUGUCACAUGUGCCGAGCGAGUGCACUCAGAAUGCCGCAGUUUCGUUGACCUGCUCGAAUCAGUCCAAGGAGCAACAUCUCCUCUUCCUUCCUCGCACCCCCACCACCUCUCCGCUCUCCUCAACCUCUCCACCUCCCUGCACCAGCAAUGCUCCUCCCUCCUCCCAUCCGUCUCUCAUCUCGCACGCACCACCCUCUCCGCACUCCACACCCUCCGCCUCUCCAAGCACCGCCAGCUGGCAGCCCCGUCAGCGUCGCCAGCAGUGCGAGAGUCUGAGCUGGCGGCAGAAGCGCCGCCAGCAGGGCGGGUGUCGGUGGAAGCUUUGGAUAGCGCUGUGCUGGCGGUGUGCAGGCGCGAGGCAAAGGCGAGGCAGCAUGCGGAGCAGGUCAUAUGGCACCUGCAGCAGAAGCUCAACAAGCAGGACCCCCUCCUGCUCGCUGCUGCCACUGCAAGCAACAGUACCUCCACAUUGCACAAGCCUGCAACUUUUCAGAAGAUGCUUUCAACCAAGAAGGUGGUGAGGCAGUUGCUGGUGGAGGCAUGUAGCCCGGACAACCUGUGCGAGAUGUACGAGGGCUGGAUGCCCUGGAUCUGA